CCACCAACGACUUGGAAUGCAGCAAUAACCACUCCGGGACACGCAAGACGUUUUUCUUCUCUUAAAAUGACAGAGCCAAGAGGAGACGGCGUGGAUUCGACCAGAUACCAUGGCGACCAUCGUGAUGCUGCUGCUGCUCGUCCUGGGUGGGGCUGAUGGUUCGCACAUCGUUGGAGGCAGAGAUGCCGCCCCGCAGUCUCGCCCCUACAUGGCAUCCCUGCAAAUCCGAGGUCAGCACAACUGCGGGGGGGCCCUGGUGAGGGAGGACUUCGUGCCCACCGCAGCACACUGCCAGAUACGCGGGCAGUACACCGUCGUGCUCGGAGCCGAUUCCCUGACCGCCAACGAGGCCACGAAGCAGGAGUUCCGCGCGGUCAGAUCCAUUCCACAUCCCGACUACACCGCCAACGAGAACGACAUCAUGCUCCUAAAGUGCGAGGUAUACGUGUUUUACCGGCGCACACAGGAUGUAGGUCGGGGCGUCUCUCCGGGGUCGACUUUGGUAUAAAAGCGGCGACACCUCGGAGGCGCCGGGUCGAGCAUCGC